GGCUACGCAAUAAACAAUCAACUCACAAGUGAAGUUAUAUAAAUCCGCGCUUCAGAUAACGAAAACCCAUUUCCAAGAUGGUACGUUACUACAACUUAAUUUUGGUGGCAGUUUUUAGCUUGGAAAGUUUAGCGCUAGUUCCGUUAAAAAAUGGCAACGAUACGGAUAACCUCUCUUUGGUGAACAAGGCCGGAGGCGUUUUAAAUCUCGCAGACGUUCACAACAUUCCUGAAUAUCUCGUAAAGAUGUACGAAGUCAAUCAGAAGAUUAACAAUGGAAUUGUUAGGGGAAACUCAGAAAGGAACCCUCCAGUGGUUCACUGUUUUAUUGGACAAGGUAAUUAAGCAAAGUUAUACGUAUAGCUUUAAGCAUAAAACAAACCACCAGGUUUGUGGGAAGUUGCAAAACGAACAAAUUUUACCCCUUCCAGUUAAAAUGUAGUUAAUUUGGUUUAGAAAUGAGAUAUACUCACAUCCCCUUCACUGCGCUUUUGAAGAGCACUUAGGGACUAGUUAGGAACUGCUAUGUACAGUUGAACGUCCACAACUUGCUCAGAAGAAGGGAUACACUGGCAGCCUGCUGAAAUCAGUGCAAUAAAUAUUUUUAGUUAUAGUGCAUCGAACCUUGUUUGUUUUUCUGUCUUUGCCGAAAUAAGUUAAAGGGUUUAAGGUGGUCUAAAAAGAGGAAGAACACCCUUUGUUAGUAUAAAUACACUAUGUGAAAAAAAAAAAUUCAGCACUCGUAUUGAAGUUUGCAUCAGCUUCCCCCAAGAUACGUAUACAUACAAAGAAUGCUCGCCUUUUCUUCCCUACGGCUCCGUCGUUUCUUUAUGUAAUUUCUUCUGGUUCAGCAGCUAGCCGGGGUCGGGGGGGGGGGGGGAAUUAGGGGAGGGGGACAAAAAUUUGGGGGGAUUCAGCUCACCCCUUCCAUUUUUCGGUGCCGAAAAAUUUGCAAGAACAACGUAACAGUUCUGUUUAGUAAAUAUUCAGGCCCGUGGUGUUUUCCCUAAUGGUUUUCAUUAAUGAGGUCAGCGCGUAGCGAAAUAAUAUGUUUUUGGACAAAUUGGGCCGGUAGUGUAGUCGCCUACCUACCCCCCCCACAUAAUAUUGCGAUCGCAUGUGGCCUCGCUUUGUUCUGCUGUGCGGCUUGUUGUUGUUUGAGUUUGGUGCUUGUGGGUUGGGGCGGGUGGGGGGGGGGGGGGGGGGGGGGAAUUAGGAGAGGGGGACAAAAAUUUGUGGGGAUUCAGCUCACCUCUUCCAUUUUUCGGUGCCGAAAAUAUUGCAAGAACAACGUAACAGUUCUGUUUAGUACAUAUUCAGGCUCGUGAUGCUUUCACUAAUGGUUUUCAUUAAUGAGGUCAGCGCGUAGCGAAAUAAUAUGUUGUUGGACAACUCUGGCCUGUUUUCGAAAAGCCAAACAGCAGCUAAAUGUUUCCACUAAGACCGUACUAGGAAACAGAAAUGGUCUUUGUAUGGUACCUAAUCGAUUAUGUCAGCUGAAAGAGGUUUGCCGGCCAGUACCAAUGAGCCACGCAAACGAAGUUUUGGGAAACUUACAUAGAAGUAUGACCUUCGCACGAUGUAGGAUGAGCGCCCUCCCCACCCCUCAAAUACCCCCCUCCUUCACCUCGUUCGCGCUCAAAACGUUCCGCGCCACCACGUAUUAUCUUUAGGAUUCAUUUUUAGGUAUUUAGAGUUUUUUUAACAGUGAUAAUUGAGAUCAGAAAAAAAAUUAGUAAUUUUGACUACGACUAAACAGCGCUGUUCUGUGAUGAGGUCCGCAUUCAAACUAGUUAAUGGUAGACAUCGAAAUUGACCCCUUCUUGGGGAAGUGAGUGCCCCCCUGUUUCGAACGCCAGCUUUUUGCUUUCCGCCAUCUGUAUUUUAAUAAUAACUGUGUGAAAAUCAAGUUGAAGAGCACUUAAUACUAAGGGCAUCAUGAUUUUUUAACAUGUUUUUUUCUUAGUGGAGGGACCGGCUUGCAAAAUAUCUAAUUAAGUCGGAAGGACACCCUGUCUAUCAUAUCCUUCCCAAAGCAAAGGAGACUAACUACCACCUGCGUCGUAGUAGGCCGAAAAUUAACACCCAAAAGUUUUUUACACACUUUUAUGAAUCGUUUAAUAUUUAAUUAUAACUUAGCCAUGUCCUUUUACCAUUUGUACAUGGUUUUUUAAUACAAUAUUCCUUAUUUCUCAGCUAUUUAUUUUUUAUCUUGUCGUUUUACCUACAUCAUAUAUUUGUAACAUUUGGCUCUUUUCUUAAUAGUUUUUGCAACAGAGAAUAUGUAUUUCUAUUCUAUGAAAUAGACAUAUAUAUAAAAACGUUAAAAUUCUUAAAAUAGCACCUUAAAGGUUUUCGUGCCCCGUGUCACCAUCUUUACGAUCUCUAAAUCUCAAAAAACCCAAACAAUCCCGUAGAACUUCCUGUUUAAGGAAACUAUUACUUGCUCAUCACGGCAAUAAAGUUCAGGGCAAAUCUCACGCUAUGGAAAAGCAAACGGCAUCAUGCGAAGUACUUCCCGAAAAAAAGAUUUUAUUUAAAUGGUCAUGUGGAAGGGUUUCGUCCUCAGAGUGGAGGGUUAGAAAUACUCUUGAAACCCAUAGCACGUCGCAAUAAUUGACCCCGCCUGGACAAAAACAUGGAGAGACAAUGGUUCCGUUUCCGGCAUAAUAUCUGAUCUCUCAAGUUAAAACAAUGACUAAGAAUGAUGUUUUGAAUUUUUUAUGAGGUAGGGGUUGCAAAACUCAUUGACAAAAGUUCUUCCGAUUUGCAUCGGUAGCUCGCUCAAAAACGCUUGCUUCGGGCGUCUCGGAUAGGCCUCGGAUGAAACCGAUGUAAUUUACUUAGAGGCUACAACAACUGUUAUAAGGUGAAAAGUAACAACCUCUCCUUUCAAAUACUGUAUAAACAACGGGAAACAAUGUAUCGGUGGUUUUCACUGUUACGCCUAUCAAGAAUUAAAUUCAAAACCCUUAAUUAGGGUAAAAUCAGGGUAGAGUCUGGGAAAUGAAAGAAGACAAAUAUGCUAAAAUACCCCCCAAUAAUCAGGUCUGUGCGAUUUUUCAUAUGCGAGAAAAGUGUUGUACCCAAAUUUUAAAAGCUGAUUGUGUAGAGCUUUGAGGAGCACAAACAUGGCGGCCGGAAACCUACAGGAGCAUCUGUUUUUUAGUUUUGCCACAAGAUCGUGGAUCAUCGCUUUGUAUUAAAGCAAUGUUAUGAAGAGUAAGGUUAUUCUGAGACAAAGACUGUUCAGAUAGCAAAAUCUCAAAAGUUCGGUAACAUUUCUAACCUACAUGAGAGCUUUCUUGGCCGCCGUACUGAAAUGCAUGCCUCGGCACGCAAAUGCAAAAGCUUGGAACUCUUUGGAACCAAAAAUUUGUACCAUGAAUUAAACGUGUUUAGCUGCUGUAACCUCACGAAAGUAAAUACUCAGACGAGUUGCUACUUCUUUGGAAAUUUGAAUUUUGGUGAACGGUCAUGUGAAAACCGAGAAUAAAUAAAAUAUUACUGAUCCAAACCUGUAAUUAUAAUAUAAUAUAAUCUUCAAGAGAAGAGCAAAUAAGCAGUGCCAGGGCUAUUUGUAAAAUGCAACUAGUGGUCUAAAACUACCAAGACAAGCAUGCACUAAGAAAAAAAGUCAAUAUGAAAAAAAUGUCGGACUUAUCAGGCUAUUACAGCUAUAACCUGCUACAACAGGUUCCCUUUCAAAUAGGCCAGAGUGCAAGUGUAAGCUUCACAAAACUCGAACUCGGAGCGGUGUCAGAUUUCUCCACCAGACAAACGCCCACAAAAGCUCUACUAUUCUCCAUUGUCAAGAUUUGACAUGGAUUAUGAAGAGUCUAAGAAAUAAAGAAAUACUUGUUAUGUAUAUAUUUUUACAAUAGAGUUUCUUUCUUUUACAGCCACUACAAAACUCAAUACUGUCUUCUUCAAUCUCAGCGCUUCCGACAUUGGAACUGAGGAGAGGAUCGUUUCAGCUCAGAUCCGUGCACUUAUUAAAACUACUGUUCCCGAUUCACCCCUCCCUCAGCGUGGACGACUUGUUCUGUAUGACGGGCUUUCUCGUACAGCCGUUUAUUCCAAGGCAUUCCAGGGGGGUGGUACCAGGUGGUACGUGUUUCCCGCUCGUGCGUUGGUAAAAAGGUGGAUAUUCUCGCCUCAUCUAAAUCAUGGUGUAUACCUCAAGGUGAAAUCGCAUGUCCCGCGUGUGAAGCAGUCUCUGUUAGUUGACGUGAACGUAAAAGCACCAAGAAAUAAAAGGCCGCUGCUGAUUGUGGAAACUGAUAACACAAAAGUGCAAGGAAUAAAAGACAUAACAUCCUUGAUGAGGUAAAAAGGGAGCCCUUGUAGGAACGAAAAUACUUUAAUUCUUAUCAAACUGUGGCUACUCAGUUUAGCACCUUUUAUGGAAAAAAUUGGCAAACUCCAAGUACAUUUGUUGCUUAAUCUAAAAUUAGCACCGUCAGAAUCAGAUUACGUACUACGAGUAAUGUUUCAAGAACAACGAAGGGUACGGCAGAGAGCAAACCUGAUGUAUUAACACAGGUUCUGUAGCCUAUUUCCAGCGUUCAGAUACAUGGUGGACUGCUGCGCGAAGUCAGAAAGCGGGAAAAAGAGAAAGAGAGAGGGAACCUACACCACCCCUCGUUGUUUUUACUGCUCACCGAGUCUCUUUGCGCCGUCCUUCACAAUAAUUACGUUGUAGUGCGCGCAUUUCAUAGGAGGUUCAAGAGAACUCAAAAAGGGCAGGACGACAAGCACUUCUCCUGUAAUUUUAAAAUUCUCGCGUGCCCAUGUAGCUUAACAGCGCACCCUCCGCUAAAAUUCCUUUUUCCAAAAAGGGUCAGAUCUGGGCAGUGACGGUAUGGAAUGGCAACGCUGAGCCGUCUUUUUGCAGGGAAAACGCAAUACUGCUAUAUCUAAACAUGCCCCCUUACCACUAGCAAGAAAAAAAUCAACGGUAAAAUCGAAGGACCUGCGGUUUCAGGGUCGUUAUGAUUUCAUUUUCUAGCUCAAAUUUAAAAAAAAAAACAAUAACCACAUCCUAAAAAAUUCAAGGCGAGCCGAGUCAAAAUUAAUAAACGUGCCGACGGUAAUAUCUGGAUAACUUUAAAAACAAAAAUCUUGAGAUACAGCUCUUGAUAAGAAUGCUUGGUAUGAUUAUUUGGGCAAACACUAUUCUUGGAGACCCGACAGGAAGCUUGCUGCAACAAGAUACCGCACUAACAGGCAUGCGCAGUUGCCUACAGUAAAAGCGAGUUUACAACAAGAAAGAGAGAAAUUAGCCUGCGAAAAAAACAGCCCAUUUCUCUCUAGCCUACGAAGACAGCCAUUUUCCCUCAUCUCUGCUGGGGACGUUUCGCGAGGAGGAACGUCUGCGUCUUAACGGCAGAAAUUCCAUACUGAUGACGUAAAUCAACGUUUACGUAAUAAAUUCGGUAGUCAUGGGGUUCCAAAUACAAAUUUGUUCAAUUUUGCGUUUCUCCUGAUCGAUUGUUAAAAUGUUGUGUUCAUCUGCGAACGAGCUCCAGCUCAAAACUCAAAUGUUUCUUCUAGAGAAGCCUAUAUUCCACAAAUAUUGACUGUUUUGUUAAAGUUUUCGCGUUUACAUUUGACCUUUGUGGCCUUUUGUCUGUCAUUCGCAAACAAUACCUAAAACAAUGUAACUUUUCCGUCGACCAAUCAGCGCUUUUGACCGGAUUCCGGAAAGUUUAACGUCAUCAGUAUGGAAUUUCUGUUCCUCCCCACGAAACGUCCCCUAACGGUGACGAACGAGGAGAAACGUCUGUUUUCGAAGACUAGAGAUGAGAGUUCCCGGUGGGCACCUGUAGUUUCAACGAACCAGUUCUAGACAAGAGAGAAUAAUGGAACAGUAGGGAAAACGAUCAGUCUAGUUCUUGGGAUAUGUAAAAUUUUGUCUGCAUACAAUGUUUUCCUCAUGCAGUGAAUAUUUUGUCUGGAUUAGCUGCCUCAGGGGCUCCGAGGAUGAUAUCACCUGUUCUUGGCGACACAGCGAACGCCCUUACAGGCAUCUGAUCCAUACCUUUCAGACGAACCCUAGAGAUCCAAUGAGACUCAGGAACAUACAAUUGUUAAGUUCACGUUUAAAAGUUGUAGCAAUAUGUUUCAAGAUGUUGCUAUUCUGUUUUUUUUUUUUGUUUUUUGUUUUAAUGGAAGAAUAGUAUCUUAAAUGAGCAUAUUUUUCUUUGAUUCUAUAGUGAAACAAAGAAGAUGACAAGCCGCAUAUCUAGACGUCCCCGUGCAAUUGUUCGUGAUGACGGUCCCUGUUCUAAACGUUCCAUGAAAGUGCACGUCAGAAAACAUCUUAACAUGAACGAUGUUCUCAUUCCUCGUACCUUUGAGUCCUUCCGGUGUGGAGGAGAAUGCACAUUUCCAUUGGACAAAAGCGUAAGUUCCCAUUUUUAGAUUUCAUUUUCGUGAAAUUUAAUGCACAUAAUCAGUAUUUCUUUGUUUUUGAAGAUCGGGUAGACUUGCUACAAGGUCGACCUCUAAGUCAGGUUAAAAGCGAGCUUAGCGAGUUUCAAUGAGAGAAGUGAGCGAAGAGGGCCUUCAAUACGAUCGCAAAGCGAGCAUCAGGAAAAAAAAAUGAAAACUCACCUUUACAAUUUCUAAGGAUCGGGGUAAAUCAGACAGACCAAAGGCGAGAGCAGUUAUAAUCAUGUUACGGUAUUUUUAAUGCAAGCGCUUCCUAGUAGAUCCGGCUUUUGUUUGAAUCUGUCGUUUGUUAGGGCGGGACACAAUUUUUCAAGAAAGGUUUUUUAUUACCUUUUUUUAUCACAUUCGUGCAAGUGUCCUCUCGCCCCUUAUACCUUUAGUCAAUUCUUUCUUGCUUUAGUCUAUUUCACCACAAAUAAUUAUUACUGUUGUCUAAGGAAUGUUUUCAGUUUUGUUCUCAGUAAGAUCCAAUGUCUUUUCGGAGUUGGAAGAAUUGAGAUUAAUCUAUUAUCGUCAUACAUAUUCUCCACGGUGAUCUCCAAACAUUUCCUUUCAUUUUCUCGUGUUACUUUGUGAUGGUUUUGUCUACUCUACGAUCUUUUAUACUGCACUGAACGGUCGUUUGAUUUUCAUUAAAAUCGAUUUUGUGAAAAACCAAACGACUGUUUUGCAGUUUAAAAGACAAUAGGAAUAGACAACACGAUCACCAAGUGAACUGGGAAGGUAGGUUGUGACUGGAAAACAAACUAAAGUUCAAAGUCCGGAGGACUUUUUGUUUGUCCGAUCCCGAGUUCUUGACCUACGCGCUCUGUUCGUGACAAUGAACUCUCCCUUAUUAGGCGGAUGUCCGUAAAGCGGGGUUCUACCGUAUUAGCUUGAAAUGACUGCCACUGAUUUUCUCGGCCCAGGUCCACCCGACUGGACAUGCUGUAAUAAGGACGAUACUAUAUUCAUCUGGACUGGAUCAGGGCGCUGGUGAGCCGUGCUGUGUGCCAGUGAAACUUAGAGGCCUAAGUGUGUUUGUGGAAAAAUCGCCUGGUGCAAUAACUAUCAGGUCCUUUCAAGGGAUGGUUGUUGAAGAGUGUGGAUGCCGCUGA